GACAGAGCUGGAGGACGGCGAUAACAAUUUUCAACUCUCUGGUGUCAAUUCUUCUCCUUUCUGCCUUUCUUCUCUCUCUUAACUAUACAGACUCACCGUCGCCGUCCACGUCUCUCCGAUCUGCUACGUCCAAAGUUUGAACAAUCAAGAUGAACGAUUUACUUGGGGAUUCAUUCGUCAAUGAUGGCAAUGGACAUCCGCCCAGGAAUAAUGAUAUUGAAAUGGGACUUCAAAUUCCAACAAGUAGUUCUGACAUGGGAAUGGAGGCUUUCAAUAAGCAGAUACAAGAUGUUGAGAAACAGGUGGACAAGCUAUCAGGGCUGCUUAGAAAACUUAAGGAUGCUAAUGAGGAGUCAAAAUCUGUGACAAAAGCAUCUGCUAUGAAAGCCAUCAAGAAGCGAAUGGAGAAAGAUAUAGAUGAAGUGGGAAAGAUUGCACGUAAUGUGAAAGCAAAACUUGAAGCAAUCAGCAAAGAAAAUUUAGCUAAUCGGAAGAAACCUGGAUGUGAGAAGGGAACAAGUGUUGACAGAUCCAGGAUGAAUGUUAUGAAUGCCUUGACAAAAAAAUUCAAGGAUUUGAUGACAGAAUUUCAGACUCUAAGACAAAAGAUACAAGAUGAGUACCGUGAAGUGGUGGAAAGAAGGGUCAUUACAGUUACAGGAACCAGACCUGAUGAAGAGACAAUUGAUCACCUCAUUGAAACUGGAAACAGUGAGCAAAUCUUCCAAAAGGCAAUUCAAGAACAGGGACGGGGACAGGUGCUAAAUACAGUGGAAGAAAUUCAAGAGAGACAUGAUGCUGUGAAGGAGAUUGAGAAAAAACUUCUUGACUUGCAGCAGAUUUACCUUGAUAUGGCAGUUCUUGUUGAGGCUCAAGGAGAGAUUUUAGACAACAUUGAAAGUCAGGUUGCAACUGCAGUCAGUAGUGUCCAAACAGGAACAACAGCACUUCAAAAGGCAAAGAAACUUCAGAAGAAUAGCAGAAAAUGGAUGUGCAUUGCCAUUAUAAUUCUCUUACUCAUAGUAGCUGUUAUAGUUGUCGGUGUCUUAAAACCGUGGCAGAGUAACAAGGGUGCUUGAGUUUGCUCUAGUUACUCAACCACAUUUUGUUUUUAUUCUUCUAAAGAACUAAUUUGCUUGUGUCAAGUGUGUUUUUCUUUUUAUGGUAUUAUUUUGAUGAUCGUUUUCUAAUCUUUAUCAUGAGUGACCGUGUAAAGCUUGUUUAUGAGAUUUGAUGUGAUGUGCCACUAAGUAUAUGUCAACAUUCUUUUAUCUGUAUCAUUUUAUAUCAUAUUAAUUAUUUUAUCAACCUUAAAUGAAUCACUAUUGUAAUU